ACUACGGGACAGAAGAGUCGUUUGUUUUAAAUGGAGAUAUACAAACGAAAAAACUGGCUGUCCUGUAAGAAACCGCCAUUACUGCUCUCCUUGUCUUUGAUUCUCCUCGUGUGAUAACGUCUGGACUAACUCGGGAUAUUGUGACCUGAAACAUUUACAAGAAUCGAUUUGGCAUUGGAUGAGCAACACAGGCUAAACAUUAGCAUCCACAAUGCUAAGGUGAGGGGAAAACCGAGAGCUACAACCAUGGACUUCAUCUACAAGUAAAGAGGAAGGGCACCUGCCUCUCCCAGAUGAUUCAGCCUUUCAGCUGCAGAGCUCAAACACCAGACGGCAUGUCCCUGCUGCCACUGCAGUGCCCGGCCGUCCUGUCCUCUCCACCACAGCUGCUGCUGCUGCUGCUGCUGCAGUCGGCCCAGCUCCACCACGGCGUCUCCUCAGCUGAAGUCCAGUCCAGCAGAGUUUGAGUUUUUCCUGUGAGAAGAGCAUGAGUGAGGAACUCCACCUUGGCUCUGCGUACCUUCUUCUUCCUGCCUGCUAACAAGGUUUGAGCAUCUUCGCUUCCCCUGUGAAAACUCCGACUCCGUCAGACUCUGCAGCCUCAUCGUGAUGGAAACCGUGCUGGAGGAGACCGGUGGCAGGCAGCCACUGUGCGAUGCCCAGAGUGAAUAGUCGUAGGAGCAGCGAGACCCCUCGUCCAGCGGCUGGACGGCAUGACUGAGGGAAUGGAGGACCUCUCCGCAGGGCCGGCUCCCCCUCCAGGAUCGGCCUCCCCCACCGGCUCCGCUGUUGAUACUGGACAAGUCCCUGAGGAGAAACCUGAGGAGACAGAGGCAGCUGGUGAGAGCGGGGAAGAGAAGGAGGAGGAGAAGGAAGAGGAGAAGGAGGAGGAAGAGGGUGCUGAGGGAGCUGCAGAGGGAGGUGCUGAAGCUGGUGAUGGGGAGCAUCUGGGUGCUUUGGGAAUUGUGGCCUUGCCAGGGACCUGCUGCGUGUGCAUAGAGAUGGAGCAGAUUAAUAAUUGCCUGCACUCAGAGAAAAUCUGCAUCCUGCCGAUCCUGGCCUGUCUGCUCAGCCUGGCCCUCUGCACCGCUGGCCUUAAGUGGGUGUUCGUGGACAAGAUCUUUGAGUACGAACCCCCCACACACUUGGAGCCCAAACCUAUCGGACAAGACCCUAUUAUCAUAUCAGUUGACCCCACUUUAGGACUGACUGUGUCCGUCCCUCACUCUCCAUCUACCGUGUCUCUAACCACCUCCAUCCCUGGUACCCCAGCUCCUCCUGAGGUGCUGGUUGAGGAGAUCUCCACACGUGGGCCGUACGUGCCCCGGCCUCCGCUGGUGACUCAGUCAGACACCACCGUUACCCUGAAAUACAACGCUAAACGCACCACUGCCACACCAAAGCAGACUACGCGCCCGCAGCCCACGCAUGAAUCCAACGACAUUAUCACCCCAACGAUCUCUUUUACCAGCACCACGAGCAAGACCUCGAGUCAUGUGACCCGCUGCAGCGACAGCCAGAAGAACUACUGCGUCAACGGAGGAGAGUGUUUCACCCUUGAAAUCACACCAGGCAGCACAAAGUUCCUCUGCCGGUGUCCCAAUGAAUUUACCGGUGAUCGCUGCCAAAACUAUGUAAUGGCCAGCUUUUACAAAGCUGAGGAGCUGUAUCAGAAACGUAUUUUAACAAUAUCAGGAAUCUGCAUUGCGCUCCUAGUGGUUGGAAUCAUGUGUGUGGUUGCCUACUGCAAAACAAAAAGGCAGAGAAAGGAGCUCCACGACCGCCUGAGGCAGAGCCUGAGGAACAAGAGGAGCAUCAAGGCCAAUGGUGGGAUUGGCCCCAACCAGGCGGCCUCGGCCAGAGGACGCCGGAUCUCCAACAUGCCUCUUCAAGAUUUGCAGGUCAUUAAUAUGGGCUGGUCAAUAUUGGUACUAGAUAGGGUUUGUAUGACUUCCGAUCUUUUAAAAAAAAAGAGUUUCCCAAACUUUUUUGGGCCACAGCUCAUACAGCAUAUAUCAUCAGGGCAAACCCAAUGGCACAACACCGAACACUGGAGUAAUGACUGGAGCAACACGGUUCUGUCUGACACUGAGUCUGUCUCGGUGAUGUCAUUGGCGGAGAAGAGCCAAAGUGCCUCACAGGGUGGCCGGGGUCGUCUGAAUGCGACUGCUGGCACCAGAGACUUAAGUGCUAGCUCAAAGAUGCGCCGAGACACACUCACCUCCGACAGCGACUUGCCUAGGUUUUCAUCUGCGGUGACUCAGCUGUCUCCGGUGACCUCUCCUCCGACUCCAAUGUCCCCGCCAUCAGAGAUGUCCGCCCCGCUGUCCAGUUUGGCCAUGUCUGUGCCCUCAGUGGGCUUAAGCCCCUCCGGUGAGGAGGAGCGCCCCCUGCUGUUGUCCAAAACACGUCAGACUCACAAGUCGUCGAGCCGGGAUGAACAAAAGAGGAACUCCGCCCACUACAACCACGGCCAUGUAGCCAACAGCUUGCCCCCGAGCCCACUCUUCACCAUGGAGGAUGUAGACUAUGAGGUCACGAGUGACCACGACGCCACAGACAACAACAUCAGUGAGUGCAACACGGAAACACCACUGGUCCCCAACGGUCACACGCUGCAUCACGGGGAGUCCGUCGACAGCGUUGUGGAUGUGAUGGAGGUACCGCAGGAGGAACACAUACCCUUUUUUGCCACAGAGGGCGCUGAAGCCCUGCUGCACAGAGCUACGGACAGCAGCAGGACUAACCCAGCAUUAUCAAACAGUCAGUGUGACGUCUACGGUGUCCACCAACAAUCCUGAUUCAGCUGCUGUGCAACAACCGCUGAGAAUCUCCCCCUGCGUUGAGGAAAAGAAGAAAGGAAAAAAAAAUCACAGUUAAACCUUAAUUUUCUAUAAAUUAUUUGCUGUGAAAGACUUUCAAAGAUAAAUGGAAACUUUUAUUUUGGAAGUAGCAUUCGAAGAGUUUUAUAAGAAAAAAAUGUAAAUAGGUUACAAGUCCUGUAGGUAAAGUGCCAUACUCCAGUAUGUAUCGACGGUUCACGGUAGAUUUCAGCGCAGACAAAUAUCAACGGUGCCUUUCUGUUAAGUUUGCUUAUGAAGGGAUCUGCAGCGUCACAUACUGGCCAUGUAACCUCCUCCCCGAUCCUCCAGUAAACGGUGAAAAUAAGAAAUGCUGGCUGCCUUCAAAACUGCUGCGGUGUGUGACGCGUCGAGGUGCAUGAUGCUGUUCGUCCUCAUGGUGGAGUAAGGAGCAGUUUACCUUCAUUAUCGGAUUUCUCUCCGAGACCUAAUCGACAUUUGGGACUGAUGUUUGGAACAUGUUUUCACAUAUCUCUGGACUACUGCACACAUAGAGAAUAUUGCAGCUGUUAAGAAGAAGCUGGAUCUAUGUUUGGGAGGUUGGGACACACAGAGCUAAUGGUCAACUGUCAAUCAGCAAAUGCUUAACAGUAUAACCCUGCCAUCACUUUGCCUUGUGAAACGGCAAACGGUCACAGAGACUAAAGCCAUAUCCAAACCAAAACAGGCGUGAUGUGUUCGAUGUGUUGCCAGGGUUGGUCUUUUAUUGCACUAGCUUCAAUGAAGUACAACCUUAUGAACCAAGUAAAUGCUAAAUGCUAAACACAGGGGACAAUCAAAUGUACAACAUCCCACAUGACCAAAUUGCUAGCAAAGUAGUUUUGAAAAAAACAAAACAAAACAAAAAAAAAAA